AUGUAAAUUAAUAGGAAUCAUUUCAUUAAAGUAUUUGAUUUUCAAAAAUUAAUCUAAGUUUUUAGUUGCUUCAGACAAUCAUCUUGGUGCCAAUGAAAAUGUAGGACCAAAAUCAAAUAGAUAUUAAGAUGCUUUUGAAGCAUUUGAAGAAGUACUAGAAAUAGCUACUCAAUAAAAUGUUGAUUUUAUUAUUUUAGGAGGGUAAAAUGUUUUUUAAAUAUGAGUGAUUUAUUUCAUGAAAAACAUCCAACAGAACAUUGUUUAUUAAAAUGUGUUGAUAUACUUUAAAGACAUGUUUUUGGAGAUAAUUUUGGUGGAAUUUAAAUGGAAAUCAAUUCACUUAAUUAUUAGCCUAAUUUCAGUUGUUCUAAUUUUAAUGUAUAAUUACCAAUCUUUAUAAUUAAUGGUAAUCAUGAUGAUAUUGUUACUGAGAGAAAUGAAAGUGUUUCAAUUUUGGAUAUUCUUCAUGAAUCUAAAUAUUUAAAUUAUAUAGGUAAAAUUACUGAUUAAUCAAAUGUUUGUAUUAAACCAAUAGUUCUUGUUAAGAAUAAUUAAAAGAUUGCACUUUAUGGUUUAGGUUAUAUGAAAGAUUAUUAAUUACAUAAAAUAAUUAUGGAAGGGAAAUUAGUAUUAGAUUUAUUAGAUUAGAACAAUUUUAAUAUUCUAAUUAUUCAUUAAAAUAAAUAUAAAGGAACACAUUUUUCAGAUGAAAAGAAUUUUAUUGAUCCAAUUUAUUUUAAGAAUUACAAAAUUGAUCUUCUAAUUUGGGGUCAUGAACAUGAAGCGUAUAAUUGUUAUUUAUAUUAUAUGUUAGAAUAUAUACUUUAGAAACCUGUGAACAUUAUUAAGUUUUCUAUCCAGGUAGUACUGUUGCAACAUCAAUUAUUGAAUAUGAAUCAUUAAUAAAAUAAGCAGGUAUAUUUACAUUAACUAAAAAUCAAAUGAAAUUUGAAAGCAUUAAAUUAGAAAAAAGUUAUAGACCUAUGAUUUAUAAAAAUGUUGAUUUAAGUGAAUUAACAAAUUUUGCUGAAAAUAUAUAAAAUAUAAGUAAUCAAGAAUUAGCAGAAAAGUUAUUAUUUGAUUUUGUAGAAAAAGAAUUAGUAAAUUAUUAUUAGACUAGUCCAUAUCGAUAGAAAAAACCAUUAUUAAGAAUUAAAGUAGACUAUACAGGAUUUGAAUUAAUGAGAAUGAGAUAUAUUGAAACUAAAUUUGCAGACAGAGUAUCUAAUCCAGAUUAAAUAUUUAAAUUUUGGGAAAAAAAAUCAAAUAUAACAGCACAGAUAUAAAAACGAAAAGAGUAAGCUUAACAUCUAAAUUAAUAAUUUGAUAAUAUAUUGAGAAAUAAAGUUGAAAUUAAUUCUCAGAAUUAAACUAUGAUGAAUGAAUUUUCUACAUUGGUAUCAAUAUUAUAAUUAUAUAAAGUUAGCCAAUAAGUUGUAUCAAUAAAAUUUUUAAAUUAUUGAAUAAGGAGAUUUCUUAAAUAUACUUGAUAACUUUUUAUCAACAACAAAUAAGGAAAAGUCCAAUUUAUUUAAUGAUUUGUAUCCUAAAGCUAUUGAAAAGUUUAAAGGAAAUAUUAUUCCAUAAUACAAUAACCGUAUUUAAUAAGUUGUUAAAAAAUAAAGAGAAUAUUAAGAAUCUCUUAUUUUUUAAAUUCGUAAUGCAAUUAUAAAUAACUUUAAUGAUAAGACUAAAUUUGAAUUGCUAUAUUGCUCUGAUUUUGCAAACGAUAUAAGUUAAAUGUUUGUAUAAUUCCAAGAAGAUUUAAGAAUUGAUACAUCUAAAUCAAGUUUAAAUUAAGUUAGUAAAUUGAGUGUUUCUUUAUAAGGAAUGCCUUCAAAAUAAAUUUAAUUUUCAAAACAAUCAUAAAAUAAUUAAUUAGCUCCAAUUAUAAUAGAGGAAGACUCCUUCCCAAAGUAAGGUUAAACAUAAAAAAGUUUAUUUGAAUAAGAAGAAUAAGAUGAAGAAGAAUAUGAAGAAAAGAAAGAGAAAAAAGGAAAGAGAGGUCCUUAAAAAAGAAAACCAUAAAAAAAAGAAGAAGAAGUUAUAAUUUUGGAUUAAAAAUAAAAAUAGAAAAUUGUAUUGUAACCUUAUAAGUUAGGAGCAAAUAAAUUUUUUUGA